UGAGUGUCUGCUGCAGGUUGUUCCUCAGGAGUCGCUCCUCAGGGGCAGGUCGCUUGCAGGUCCUGCACACCCCUUGCUUGACUUCCUCAAAACGCUGUCUGACGAUAUCUGACGGUGGAUUGUCUGGGAAAAGAAGCUUCGACUUGGGGAGCUUACACUGGUGCAGCCAGCGCAGACGGCAUUUGUAUCGAGUUGUGUGAAGCGCCGUUCAUUGAUCCACAGUGUUUGCAGAGCUGUACACUUACCGGUCAAUCAGACACAGUCCUGUCAGGUCACGCGCGGGUGCUUCAGUUCAAGUUUGGUGCACAUCCGUCUACAUCUGGGUGUACAACCUGUUUGGUCAGACCUUGAACACAAAGCUGUCCUGCUCUGUCCUCCCCAAUUUUCAGCCCCAGCUGCGUUGAGUCGAGUCCCACCAACUUAACGCCACCAUGAGCCAGCAGCACGCGACCACCCCCCAGCGCCCUGCAUACCCCUCUGGCCCCGUCACCGGUCGUCGGAGAAGCAGUGACUCUGGUCUACCUGCCGACAAAACCAGGGACAGCACGGGUCCCCGUCCAGAACCCUACCGGCCGGCGCCCCUCAGACAUGGUGGGGGGGGAUCAGGCGGACAUUACGGCCACGGCAGGGGGGGUGCAGAUGGCAGGUCGAAUGGGAUGGGUCCGAGGGGGGGGGGAUCCGUGGGGCGGAGCAGUCCUGCGGGGGGCCGCCGGGAGGGGGGGCAUGAGGAGGAUUUCAACAAAUUGAUGAUGUGCCUGGUGGGGCAGACGGUGGAGGUGCAGAAAACGGACGGGGCCGUUUUUCAGGGCAUCUUCCACACACGAGAAGCAGAGGAAGGGAGGGAGUUUGGCGUGGUGCUGAAAAUGGCCCGGCUCGUGCGCGAGGUUGGCAAGGACGGGAGGACGAUUGCAAAGUCGGAUGCCGUGAGGGAAGCGUCUCGGAAGCCGCCCAUGAAAACGGUGUACAUUCACCAUGGGGACUUUGUGCAGAUUGUGGCAAAGGAAGUCCCUCUAUCCAGCGACGCUCUCACCAAUGGCAGCCUGCGCGGCCUUGAUGACGUCAUCACUGACACCGGGAUCUCGCGGCGGCGCGCCAGCUUCGAGGGGCGGGAGCUCAAGCCUUGGAAGCCCGAAGCAUCGGAUGUUCGGCCGGCGGACUACCGACUGGAGGGGCCGAGCAGCGGGCCGUGGGGCAGCGGUGGAAGCAGCGGAAGCGGCAGCGGACGCUGGGACCAAUUCGCGACCAACCGGGAGCUCUUCGGCGUGCGCACGACAUUCGACGAGAACUUCUACACGACGCCGCUGGAGAAGGGGAACGACGCGCUGUCCCGGCAGCGCGAGCGUGAGGCAGCCCGCAUCGCGCGGGAGAUUGAGCAGUCGACGUCGAAGAAUCCGCAUCUGGCGGAGGAGCGCGGCCAAAAGGCGGCCCCCGAGAUCGAGGCCCUGGGCGAGGAGGAGCGCUUCUCUUCGGUCCUCCGCGGCGAGAACGACGCGCAGGCCAACGAGGACGAGCACGACCGCAGCAUCGACGACCGGAACGAUGAGACGUUUGGGGACGUUGGGCCGGCGGACGGCAACACCGAGCAGUCGGGCGGCAGCAGGCAGCUUCGGGAGGGCGGGUCUAGCCCGGACGAGCCAUCGGAUCUGUUCAAGGAGCAUUUGCAGCUGCGAUUGCACGUCCCGACAACCAAGAAGGUGCCCAAGAGUGGAUCUCCAUACGGCAGCCCCGUGGGCCGGCGCUCCCCUCUCACGUCGCCCCUGGUUGCUGGCGACCCCGCUAUCCAGGCCCUCAACCUCGACCCCACCAUUCCCCACGUCACUGAGGAAGUGCUCAAGGACUUCCACGAGUUCAAGAAGUCGAUUCAGGGGGACAGCGCGCAGAUGGUCAAGGACGCGCGCGACCACCAGACCAACGAGCUGCGCUCCUUCUCCGAGACCUACGGGAAGGGUCUCAAGAAGGACGCCGAGGGAUCGCCCCGCAUGGGCUCCCCCCGUGUCCCCCGAACACCGUCCCAGCCCGAGGGGGGUCGCCCCACGGCCCAGGAGACCCCCCCGGGAGAGCACUCUCGGUCCGGUGCCAAGCACAGAGAGCACACCAGUCGGACGAGUUCGCCCAGUGGUGACGUCAGAAAGAGUGACGCCAUGGCAUCGGAAGCGCGCAAGCAGCGGGCCCAGUCGCCUGCAAGCAUCGCACAAAAGGCGGCAGCUGCGGCCGCGGCCGCGGCAACGGCGCAGGCGGCGCCACCAGGAGACAAAGUGCUCAAGCCCCCCUCCAAGCAGCCCCUCUCGGCACCCCCUGCCGCGAAGCCCUCCUCCCCUGUGCCGCCCAAACCCUCCAAACCCGAUGCGCCAAGUGGCACGUCCAGCGGGAUCCCCUCGAAACCCUCGACCCCAUCUAAGCCCUCCAGCCCGAUGUCGAGAGCGGGAAGCAUUACAUCGGAAGCGGCGAGCGUGACUUCUUCCGGGGGCGAGGGGGCCACGCCCGCUAAGUCGAAGCUGAACCCCAAUGCAAAGGAGUUCAAGUUCAAUCCGGGCGCCAAGGAGUUCGUCCCCGGGAGCCGCCCCUCGAGCGCCUCCUCCCACUACUCCAACCGUCCGAUUGCGUCUCCCCAGCACCCCCCCCACCACCAUCCCCCCCCUCAGCAGCAGCCCCCUCAGCAACCGGUCUUCAUGCACCAAGGGAUGCCCCCCCAGGGGGUUCCCCCGGGCCAGUUCAUGCAACAACCGGGGCAGUACAACCAGUUCCAGAUGCAGCAAAUGCAGCCCGGGGCGUUUAUUCAGCAGCCGCAGUUUGUGCCCGGGGGGCAGGUGCCGGGGCAGCCGAUGAUGCCGGGCCAGCCGGGGAUGCGCCCGGCGCAGGGGCAGCAGCAGCCGAUGUACCAGCAGCAGAUGGGCUUCCCCCAGGGCCCCCCCAUGCAGCCCGGCCAGCCCGCGUUCAUGCAGUACCCCGGGGUGCAGCAGUUCCCGCAGCAGCAGCCGGGCCAGCAGUUCGUCCGGAUGCCCAACGGACAGCUCAUGCCCGUCAUCAUGGGCCCUCAAUACAUGCCGGGCCAGCCUGUUCCUAUCCCUGGGCAGCCCCCCAUCCCCGGACAGCCUCAGCAGCCGCCACCUCAGCAGCAGCAGUCGCCCCAACAACAAAAGAUCAGGGGCGGGAUGCCCCCUCAGCAAGGGAUGCCUUUCGGGGCUCCUUUUGUUCCCGGCCAGCCGCCGCCUCCCCACCUUCAGCAGGGCCCCUACCAACAACACCCCCACAUGCACCCAGGGCCCCCUCACAUGCAAGUCUUGCCUGGCGCCGGGGGCGGUCACCCGAUUGUGCAAGCUUCACCUCCCAUGGGGCCCGGAAAGAAAGGUCCUCAAUGACACGGGGAUCACUUACGGAGGUGGCAUUCGUUGGGAGAGUUGAUAAGCAUUGAGGCGGGCUUGAUCGUCCAUCCGCUGACAGAAAACAUUGUGCCAUGCCCCCAAUAUACAGUGGACGCCUCGGAGAGUCCUGAGUUUCUCGGAUGGUGGCGUCACAAUGCACAAUGCGGCAGACCAUACAGCUACCUUGGUUGCUGCAUAUUGUAACCUUCAC